CCAGACUCCUCCACGAUGUACGGCCAGAUUUGGCGCCUCGUCCCCAACGCCUGCUCGCCGCUCCCGCCGAUCCGCGCCGGAGCGGGAAGGGGCGGCUGGCCGGCGGGUCGCCCCGCACCGCUCCGCCGGACGGCGCUCGCCUCCGCAGCCACCCGAGGCUUAUGCCGCCCCCUCGCCGUCUCCGCCCAGCCAGCCAGCAUCGACGCCGGUCUGAGAGUGGAUAAGUUUUUCGAAGUUGAGAUGAAGGUGCGCGACUAUGAACUCGACCAGUACGGAGUUGUCAACAAUGCUAUCUAUGCUAGCUACUGCCAACAUGGUCGUCAUGAGCUGCUUGAGAGCGUAGGAAUAAGUGCAGAUGCAGUAGCUCGCAGCGGUGAGUCACUGGCCCUCUCUGAGAUGCACCUCAAGUACUUCGCGCCUUUGAGAAGUGGUGAUAAAUUUGUCGUCAAGGUGAGGCUUGCAAGCAUCAAAGGUAUAAGGAUGAUAUUCGAGCACUGCAUUGAGAAGCUGCCUAACCACGAGUUGAUUGCGGAAGCAAAGGCAACAGCUGUUUGUCUCAACAAGGACUAUCGCCCUACCCGUGUGUCUCCAGAGUUUCUGUCCAGGCUACAGCUCUUUUCGUCGGUCGACAACAGUGGUUAAGCUACUACGGUGAUCGCAACACAAUCUUGUGGGACGAUUCUGAUAGCGGCCAUGUGACGAAGAGCCAUGUUCAAUUUCAUGUUGUAUCCAUGUAACUGCUAUUUAGAAAUAGUAUUGAACUUGUAGACAUUUGUAAUCCAUAAUAGUAAUACUAUGUCCAAAAGUUGUUGAGUGGUACUGGAGUAAAUAUGUAUAACCUAUGUUUGUUUGAAA